AUGCUGCACAACCCCCGCCCGCUCCGCUCUACAGCGCCGCCAGUGGACUGGAGGACCCACCGCGCCACCCGGAGGACCCACAGCGCCAGCUGGAGGACCCACAGCGCCGCCCUAGAGGACCCACAGCGCCACCUGGAGGACCCACAGCGCCACCUGUGGCCUAGAGGACCCACUGCGCCACCUGGAGGACCCACAGCGCCACAGCGCCACCUGUGGCCUGGAGGACCCACUGCGCCCCACAGCGCCACCUGGAGGACCCACAGCGCCACCUGUGGCCUGGAGGACCCACAGCGCCACCUGGAGGACCCACAGCGCCACCUGGAGGACCCACAGCGCCACCUGGAGGACCCACAGCGCCACCAGUGGACUGGAGGACCCACAGCGCCACCUGGAGGACCCACAGCGCCACCUGGAGGACCCACAGCGCCACCAGUGGACUGGAGGACCCACAGCGCCACCUGGAGGACCCACAGCGACCCCACCAGUGGACUGGAGGACCCACAGCGCCACCUGGAGGACCCACAGCGCCACCAGUGGACUGGAGGACCCACAGCGCCACCUGGAGGACCCACAGCGCCACCUGGAGGACCCACCGCGCCACCCGGAGGACCCACCGCGCCAGCCUGGAGGACCCACAGCGCCACCCGGAGGGCCCCCAUAGCGCCACCAGUGGCCUGGAGGACCCACUGCGCCACCUGGAGGACCCACCACAGCGCCACCCGGAGGGCCCAUAGCGCCACCAGUGGCCUGGAGGACCCACAGCGCCACCUGGACGGUCCACAGCGCCAGCUGGAGGACCCACAGCGCCACCUGGAGGACCCACAGCGCCACCUGGAGGACCCACUGCGCCACCCGGAGGACCCACAGCGCCAGCUGGAGGACCCACAGCGCCACCCGGAGGGCCCACAGCGCCACCAGUGGCCUGGAGGACCCACAGCGCCACCUGGAGGACCCACAGCGCCCUGGAGGACCCACAGCGCCGCCUGGAGGACCCACAGCGCCGCCGCUGCGCCACCUGGAGGACCCACAGCGCCACAUGGAGGACCCACAGCGCCACCUGGAGGACCCACAGCGCCACCUGGAGGACCCACAGCGCCACCCGGAGGACCCACAGCGCCAUCAGUGGCCCAGAGCUGUAGCUCCCCCCCUCUACUGGCAACUCCAUGCAAGAGCAAUGGUGCAAAGCACAGUGGAGCCCAGACCAGCUGUAUGUUAGAGCUGGAGUAA